AAAAAAAAAUCCACUUGAAUUUUUACUUCUCAUGCAAAAUUUAGAAGAUUAUCAAUUAGAAAACACAAAAGAGGUAUUAAUAUAGAGCAAAUACAGCAAUAUUAUCAAAUGGGUCACCAUUAUUGCUGCAAACAGAGAAAGGUAAAGAGAGGUCUUUGGUCUCCAGAAGAAGAUGAAAAGCUCAUCAAAUACAUCACCACCAAUGGCUAUGGCUGCUGGAGUAAAGUCCCUGAGCUAGCUGGGUUGCAAAGGUGUGGAAAAAGCUGCAGAUUGAGAUGGUUGAAUUACUUGAGGCCUGAUAUCAAAAGAGGAGGAUUUACUACAGAGGAGGAGAAGUUAAUUAUUAAUCUUCAUGGAGUUGUGGGAAACAGAUGGGCACACAUAGCGAAAUACCUGCCUGGAAGAACAGACAAUGAGAUAAAGAAUUAUUGGAAUUCAUGGAUCAAAAAGAAGAUCGCGGAGAAAUCACCAUCAUCUUCUUCGCCACAAGGCACAACUUCUACUCCUAUUGUGGAGCAUAAUUCCCAAAUGGUGGGUUACGAUUCGAGCCAGCCUGCAGAUUUCGAAAACCAAGAUUACUUGCUGUCCAAGCCUCCUCCUCCUGCAGUUCGAGAAUCCAUGUUUCAUUCUUCUUGCAGUGGUACUCAGUUCAUCUUUGACACCAGUACUACUGCUUCUUCAAGAGAUGAAACAAAUUCAGAAAACAACAACAACAAUAACAGUAACAAUCAUAUGGGCCCUGAAUUAAUUUUUCAGCAAGCAAUGGGAUUGAACUCAACCGGGUCGACAUGGAAUGCUCUGCAAGAACAGCAACAAGUACUACUUCAAGCUCUACCUCCUUCUGCAGCACCAUCGUUUACACCAAGCAAUAUGGAUAUGAAUAAGUAUCUGCAACCCUUUAUACAGACUGUGGAAAAUCUAGUCCCAAUGGAGCUUCAAGCAGCUUGUGGAAUUGAUGAUGAUGACGAUGGAGGAGAUCAAGAGCUGAGUGAAUUCGUUCAUUUCCAGCAACAGCAGCAGCAGCAGCAGCAACAACAACAACAACGACAUAAUUCAAAUAGUAUUCAGUUUUGGGACAAUGGCACUGGUGGAGAACCAUCGGCAGCUGGUUGUGGUGGUGGAGAUGGAUUUACUGCACCUUGUUCUAAUAAUUCAUCCAAUUUGCUGUCUUCUUUUCCAUCAUUCUAUCUCCCACCAACCCCUUAAAAUUCCAAUAUUUGAAUUUGCAGAGUUUCAAAAAAAAAAAAAAAAGGUUUUUCUUUUCUUUUUACAUUUCCAAAUUAAUGGUGAGAUUGUACAUAUACUUACGGAAAUUAAAAACCGAAAAGUAUAGAAUUAAUAAAGACAAUGCGAGAGA